AUGUCAUCAACAUACACCCGGUGGAUUUAUCAUGGAGAAUUAGUUGAUACAGAAGAUGUCGAAUAUUUGGAACAGGUACAUGAAACUAACCAUAAUGAAGGGACAGAUGUGGGCGGGUAUGAACCCGAGGAUGACAAUGGAGUUCCAGAGUUAAUAGGUGAACUAUACACUGCGGCAGGGGAAGAUGGACAGCCACCAAGGUUUGCUAGAAUUCUUGAAGAUGCGAAGCAGGUACUUUGCCCAGGAUCUAACCAUUCAAGAUUUUCCUUUCUUGUGAGGCUGCUCCAUAUCAAGUCAUAUUAUCGAAUCAGCAAUACAGCUUUCACUGAAUUAUUGAAGUUGUUGUCCUCGGCAUUCCCUCAAUGUCAAUUACCAAAAUCUUAUGAUGAGGCAAAGAAAUAUCUUCGUGAAUUGGGCCUUGGAUAUGUGUCGAUCCAUGUGUGCAAGAAUAAUUGUGUGCUAUUUCGGAAGGAAUAUGCCAAUAUGGAUCUAUGCCCAAUAUGUGGUGAAUCCAGAUGGGAAGAUGGGGUUGGCGACAGGAAGGUUCCUCGCAAAGUUUUGAGGCAUUUUCCACUUAUCCCAAGGUUAAAGAGGAUAUUUGCAUCAAAACGAACAGCUGAAGACACACAGUGGCACAAAAUCAAGCGGAAGCCAGUGGAUAAUGAAAUGAGCCAUGCAGCAGAUGGGGAGGCUUGGAAGGACUUCGACAGAAAGUAUCGAACUUUCGCAGAAGAUGCAAGGAAUAUGAGGCUUGCCAUAGCUACAGAUGGAUUCAAUCCAUUUGGCAAGGUGAGCAAUUCGUAUAGCAUGUGGCCUGCCCUUGUUAUGCCUUUGAAUCUACCACCAUGGGAAUCUGUCGAUCCAUCGAACUGCAUUAUGUCAUUACUGAUCCCAGGUCCAACAUCUCCAGGAAAGGAUUUUGAUUUAUUCUUGGAGCCUCUGAUAGAAGAAUUGCUUGAAUUAUGGAUAGGUGUUAGUACUUAUGAUGCAUUCAGUGCUAGAAAGUUCAAUCUUCGUGCCGCCAUGCUAUGGUGCAUACAUGAUUAUCCAGCUCUAAGCACCUUGUCAGGGCGAACUACAAAAGGUUAUUAUGCAUGCAUUCAUUGUGACAAAAAUUCGUUGUCACGAGCACUAAGAAAUAAGAUAGGCUACUUUGGCCACCGUUGUUUCCUUCCAAGGACACACGCUUGGCGAAGAAGCCAUGCUUUUGAUGGACACCAUGAAAACCAGGUUGAGCCAGGAAAAUUCAGCACAGAUGAGGUCCUCGAGCAGUUAGAGAAGGUGAAAGAUGUUAGACCGGGUAAGCAUGAUACAAGUAAGAAAAGAAAACGUGGAGAGGAUGAAGGGCCACUAAUUUAUAGCCGCAAAGUAAGUCUGUGCAAGCUCCCAUAUUGGAAAGAUUUGUUGCUGCCACAAAAUCUUGAUGUGAUGCACAUUGAGAAAAACAUAUGUGACAACAUUUUGGGCACAUUGCUCAAAAUCGAGGGCAAGACAAAGGACACAGUCAAUUCGAGGAUAGAUUUGCAUGAUAUGAACAUAAGACAUAACUUGCACUUACAGCAGGAUGGCAACUCAGUUCGCAUCCCACAAGCUCGCUAUGUCUUGAAGAAGGAACAAAGAAUUGAGUUUUGUAACUUCCUCAAAGGUGUCAAGUAUCCACAUGGAUAUGCAGCCAACCUAGCAAGAUGCAUAAGUUCAGAUGGUUCCAAGGUGCAGGGGCUCAAAACUCAUGACUGCCAUGUCCUUCUCCAAAGAAUUAUACCUGCCGGCAUAAGAGGAUUUGUGGACAAGGAUAUAUACGAAGCAAUUGCAGAGCUUGGUAACUUCUUCAGGGAAUUGUGUAGUAGAAAUCUAAGGAUAGAUGUCCUCAAACGACUGAAAAAAGACAUCCCGCUGAUCCUAUGCAAACUUGAGAAAAUUUUUCCUCUAGCCUUCUUUGACGUGAUGGUGCACUUGGCCAAUUCCAUGCGGAACAGGGCUAGGCCUGAAGGAUCAAUUGCUGAGGCCUAUGUAGCAAGUGACACCUUGACAUUUUGUUCAAGGUACAUGGAGGAUGUUGACACUAGAUUUAAUCGGGACGCCCGUCAUGGGGAUGGGCCAUUGGAUGGUAACAGCUCUGUUUUUAUGCAUGAUGUUAAACUCAUAGGAUCCACUAGGAUACAGUACAUGGAGGAUGAAAUCAUGGAUAAGCUAGUUUGCAUGCAUAGAGAAGAGUUGGAGAAAGAAGAUGCACAUGAUGUUGACAGAAGACUUGAAAAAGGAUUUGCUAGGUGGUUUAAGACUCAUAGUUGUGCAUCUUGCAUUGUCAACGGAGUCAGGUAUAGCACUGUUGACCGUGAGAAAUACCUCCAAACGCAGAAUAGUGGUGUAAUGGUUGAUGGUACACAUGAAGGGGAUAACAUUGAAUUUUAUGGUGUCCUUAGGGAGAUUCUUGAGUUGCAGUAUAACUCUGAUCUAGAUAUCUAUCGAUCGGUGGUUCUUUUCCGUUGUGAUUGGUUCAAUCAAGUUGGCAAGACAAGAGGAGUUAGGGAUGACGGGCAUUUCAAAUCCAUCAACAUCCAAUCAUUUUGGUACAAGGAUGACCCUUUCAUUUUAGCAACUCAAUCGAAGAAGAUAUUUUACUUGCAGGACACCUCUUUGGGCAACGAAUGGCGAAUUGUGCAGAAAUUCGAACAUAGGAACAUGUAUAAUGUGUCUGAAAAAGAUGACCACAUUUUUGAUGUACACCAAGAUGAUAAUUGUUCUGAUACAGAACAUGAAGUGCAUGAAGGUAAUGCUGAUGAGGAUCUAGACCAUUUGCAGGAAGAUGGAGAAGUUACUAUUAUUGAAGCUAAUUUAGAAGACCUUAACAACCAAGCUAACUUGACUGAAGACAGUAGGGAUGAUGCAGAUGAAGAUGACACAAUAUUGCAGUACUGUAGUGACAUUGGCAAUGGGAACGCUGAAGAUGACAUGCCGGAAGACACCGAUGAUGAUUAA